CUAGCACAUUAAAGGAUGAUACAGUGAUGUUUAGCACGAAGGUCAUCAAGCCUAAAAUCAUCACUAAAAUAGCUAAUCAUUCAUUUUACAACCAGAAGUCAAAUAAGCAGAAGAGCCGAAGGCAAACACCUAAACUGUGUCUAUUUGAUCUGUCACUGGCCAUGCCUUCAAAGAGAGUCCCCACAGCUCCAAAGUUUGGGCAGAUUACUCUGAAAAGGUUUAGAAAUAAGACUAUUCAGAUUGCUAAAGAGCCAAAGAAAGCUAGUCCGCAAAGGCCUUUUAUAUUGAGUUCGAGGAAGACAUCUCAGUGAAAACAAGUGAAUAAUUCACGGAAGAAAACCCCUACGCCUACAGUCAAGCUGAAUGUAUCUAUUCCUCAUGCGUCAAAGAUCAGUCCUAAGCCUACUAAAGAGUUAAACCAAGUUUUAACACAGCUAUACAAAAAAGUGCCAAAUCUGACUUUCCCUCAUCCAAAUUGUACUCAGAACUCAGAUGUCGAGACCUCUAAAUGACAAGACGAAGCUGGGCUGUCAUUAGAGAGGUAUCCUGAUAGUCUAACUAAUAAUCCUAAGACCUUCUCUUCCUUCAUAAGUUUCAUCAGGACAAAGAUGAAUGAGCCUAGUUGGGUCUACAAGAACAAGUCUGCGUUCAGUAAAAGAAGGACUGGUGCCAGGACUCCAUUUAAGAUGAGGAAUUCUUUUGGAUUAAAGCACAGGGCUCCAUCGGUAUUGGGAAGAGGACGAUGUAAGGGAAGAAAAGUGAGAAAGAAUGAUCGGGUUACAAAUGAUGAAGGAUUAAGAACUUAG